CUUCUGCAUUCUGAUUCUUUGUGGCUCUUUUGUGCCAAGCUUGGCAGGAUGUUUUUCACUAAAUGGGACCUUUCUACAAAACCAGAGAAAAUAAGGAAACAGGAUCCUGCUUUCUUUGCCAAUCUUAAAAACACAGGAACAAAAAGGAAAACUGUGAACAAACCAACAAAUGGAAGAGCAGGUGACCUUUGGGGCCACUUUACCAAAUUCCCAAGUAAAGAGAAUGAAUUUUGGGAUUAUCUGUUAAGUCAGACAAGACAUUUUGAUCCGAGAGAAGGAUUUGAUCAUUUGGAAUUUGCACAUAAUUUUGCUCCGAAGCAAGCAAAGAUGGAUGCAGAUGGUGAAGAUAAAAAGCUGCGCACACGCUCAAGAGGAGCCAAGGCACAUGUGGAUUCGAUAGCACAGGAACUCAGUGCCUUCAAAAGUUCCAUGGCUAAGAAGAGAAAAGCUGAAGAGCAAAUUUUGGGCGUUGCUGUCAACAAACGAAAGUCUCUGUUAAUGAAGCCCCGUCACUACAGUCCCAGUGUGGAAGGCAAGGGGGAAAAUGAAGACAAUAUAGAACUGCAAGAUGAUAACAGCCUCAUCAAAGCAGAAGAAAACAUUACAACACCAGCCAACACUAGCCCUAAUCUAAAUGUGCAAGAAAAUGUUCAUCAAAAGGACAAUUAUACUAGCUACCAGGACCUUAUGUUCAAAUCUUUAAUUAGCUUAAAAAAUGCACCAAAUCAACCAGAGAAUGACAAACUAAAGGACAAUAGCAGUCAAUCCUUAAAAAUCAAAAAUGGCAAUGUUGAUGAAUGCUACAUGAUUAACUCAUCAGCAGAGAACGAUAGAAUUGGUGUUUCUGAUUCACAAUACUGUUCCUCUGAGGAAAACGAAAGCAGUUCUGAAAUUCUGGACAAUGAAUGGGAUAGUUCCUCCAACUUCUCUGAAGAGACAAGCUUAAAACUUCCACUAAAUAAAGAAUAUCUAAUAGGAUGUAAUCAGCAAGAUGUCGUAAAAGCACCAGGAAUCAAAAGUGAAGGAACAGAUUUUGAGAACUCUGAAAUGGUUUGUGAUACAGAAACAGGGCUGCAAGAAUCCCGGGAGUCCCAGGUCGAACUGUUCAGCAGCAGAAUCCAGAAUACAUUUCCAGACAGCGAGGAAGAUGAGCGUUUGUCAGAAAACACAGAACUAUCCUUCGACCUGGACAAAACAAAGCAAAAUUUGAGUUUGUUAGAACAAGCAAUAGCCCUGCAGGCAGAGCAGGGUCACAUCUUUCAUAGUACUUACAAGGAGCUGGACAGGUUCCUCCUAGAGCAUCUUACUGUUACUGGUGAAAGAAGACAAACCAAAUUAAUUGAUCUUGGUGGGAGACUGAUUUAUAAUAACAAGCACUUACCUAGGCCUGAAAAGAGGGAGACCAAAUGUCCUAUCCCAGGAUGUGAUGGCACAGGACAUGUAACUGGAUUGUAUCCACACCAUCGUAGUCUUUCUGGCUGUCCACAUAAAGUUAGAGUGCCACUAGAAAUCCUUGCCAUGCAUGAGAAUGUUCUGAAGUGUCCCACUCCUGGAUGUACAGGAAGAGGACAUGUCAACAGCAACCGCAAUACUCAUAGAAGUCUCUCUGGUUGUCCGAUUGCUGCAGCUGAAAAAAUGGCAGUAUCUCAGGAAAAAAAUCAGCUUGACUCUCCUAAAAUAGGCCAGUGCCAUGAUCAAGUUCACAGGACAAACUUAAUGAAGCAGCUUGAAUUAUCUCAGUACAGCUGCAGAUCUGCCCAACCAAGUCCUUCCCCCAGAUCCACUCUUACGAAAGAGAAGUGCGGGAAAGUACCAUUUGACUAUGCCAGCUUUGAUGCCCAAGUCUUUGGCAAAUGCACAAUGAUGCCAACUGUUCAAGGACAAAAGCCCACACAAUUCCUUGAGUCAAAGCAUUUUUCAAAUCCAGGAAAAUUUUCUAAUCGGGUGCCUAGUGCUAGCGCCCACACACAGAGCCCUCAUCAUGCCAACUCUUAUGGCUACGGUCAAUGUAGUGAAGACACCCACAUAGCAGCAGCUGCUGCAAUCCUGAACCUUUCCACCCACUGCAGGGAAGCAGCAGAGAUCCUCUCCAACAAACCACAGAGUCUGUCUGCCAAGGGGACUGAUAUAGAAGUGGAUGAAAAUGGCACCCUGGAUUUGAGCAUGAAAAAGAACCGAAGUCAAGAAAAGGUGGCUCAUCUAAAUACUUCCAGUGCCACAGUCCCCACUCCUUCCUCUUCUCCCUUCAAAACAAGCAGCAUUCUGGUAAAUGCCACUUUCUACCAAGCUUUGUGUGAGAAGGAAGGCUGGGAUAUGCCCAUCAACUAUAGCAAGACCCAAGGGAGAAAAGAGGAGGAAAAAGAGAAAGAUCCUGUAAACUGCCCUGAAAGUUUGGAGGAAAAGAAACACUCUGGAGAUGCAUCUGUCCCGAGUCCUAAAUCAAAGCUCCAUUCAAGAGAUCUCAAAAAAGAACUAAUCACGUGUCCAACACCAGGAUGUGAUGGCAGUGGUCAUGUGACAGGAAAUUAUGCUUCACAUCGCAGUGUUUCUGGUUGCCCAUUAGCUGACAAGACACUAAAAUCCUUGAUGGCUGCCAACUCUCAAGAGCUUAAAUGUCCCACACCUGGAUGUGAUGGCUCUGGUCAUGUAACUGGAAACUAUGCUUCACAUAGAAGCUUGUCUGGUUGUCCUCGGGCAAGAAAAGGUGGUCUCAAAGUGACUCCUACUAAGGAAGAAAAAGAAGAUCCUGAACUCAAAUGUCCGGUGCUAGGCUGUGAUGGCCAAGGUCACAUAUCAGGUAAAUACACUUCACAUCGCACUGCUUCGGGUUGUCCUUUGGCUGCCAAGAGACAGAAGGAGAGUCCUCUCAACGGGUCUUCACUGCCCUGGAAACUGAACAAGCAAGAGCUGCCGCACUGUCCUUUGCCAGGCUGCAAUGGGCUGGGUCAUGUUAAUAACGUUUUUGUCACCCACAGAAGCUUGUCAGGAUGUCCUCUAAAUGCUCAAGCCUUAAAAAAGGGCAAAAUUUCUGAAGAACUAAUGACCAUCAAACUGAAAGCAAGUGGAGGUUUAGAAAAUGAAGAGGAUAUAAGACAUCUGGAUGAAGAAAUAAAAGAACUAAAUGAAUCUAAUCUUAAAAUUGAAGCUGACAUGAUGAAACUUCAGACACAGAUAACAUCUAUGGAAAGCAAUCUGAAAACAAUAGAAGAAGAGAACAAACUUAUAGAGCAGAACAACGAGAGCCUGCUAAAGGAGUUGGCUGGCCUAAGCCAAGCCCUCAUCUCCAGUCUUGCAGACAUUCAGCUUCCACAAAUGGGUCCAAUCAGCGAGCAGAAUUUUGAAGCAUAUGUAAAUACACUGACCGACAUGUAUAGCAAUCUGGAGCGGGACUAUUCCCCAGACUGCAAGGCUUUGCUGGAAAGUAUCAAACAGGCAGUGAAGGGUAUCCAUGUGUAGGAUGGGGAAGCUGCGGGGCAACGGGAGUUUCUUAGCAGCAACAGAAACCAGAUGGACCUGUCAAGAGUUUGCAGACUGCUCUGAAGUAUUAGUUGUUGUGCUGCAUUUACAACUACAACAUUGCACUAUUUUUUCCAGCUGACAUAAAAAGGACAGGCAACAUAACAGACUAUUGUAUUAACAGCAAUGAUUCAGAUCACAGAAUAUAUUUAUUUCAAUAUGAUUCCUUUUUGUUCUUGUUGUUUUGCACUCUUUUCUUUUUGUAAAGUGAAUGUAAAAAAACAUGUGUACCUAUUUUUUUACAUUUUUAAACUUAUUUUCAAUCAAAGAUUUGGGAUUUUUUUUUAAUCUUUUAACCGCAUUUCUUGCAGCCUGCCAUAUUUUUACAAAUGUGUUUAUUAAUUUAUUUUCCAAUGGGAUUUUAAAUAGACUAAAAGCUAUAGUGUAAAUUGAAUAAUUUGCUGGGUUUGUACAGGAGGAAGAAGAAAAACUAUGAAAGAAGCAAAUAACAGAACUGUGAGUCUAGUUUUAUUUUCAUCAUAUCCUGCUUUUUUAUAACAGCUUUUUACAAAAAAUGAAAAAAGAAAUGGGUUUGUUGUUUGCAGUACCAUGAGAAGUGAAUAACUAGGGAUGAAAAGGAGAAUGUUGCCCUCUGCUGGGGGAACUUGAGCUCUUACAGGGCAGCACACUGGAAAAGUUCAAGAAUUUGUUAGCAAUAAUGAAAUAUAGCAAUCAUCAAAGCAUUGGACUUGGCUAUAUGCUUUAGCCUACACAGAAUGGUCAUUUGAAACCAUUCCAGUGUAGACCAGGAUUGAUUUAAGGAUCCAUUUUCCUUUGUCAUGUUCAUUCAUGAAAAAUACAUUUUUUAUCCCCGAUAGGCUUUGAAAUGGCCUGAUUCUUUUUGCUACUGAGUCUUGUAAAAAUAUUGGUCAGUUGACCAACAUCAAUAUAAUUUCAUAUUGGAAAAGUGCAUCCCAAGCUGAUGAUUUUAUACAUACAACUGUGCCAGGAAGUCUUUCCCUGAGAUGGCAUGUAUAAUUCUUGGUAGAAUGAGAGAAUCUGAGAAGCCUGCAGCUGCUUUUCCAUUCUGACAUGGUGGAGCACAAGCCCCACUAAAGGGACUUGAGGCUGCAUAGCAGCAAUGUGUAAUGGCUGGGCUCACGGCUGGUAGCAGUGCAUUUACGGGUUUUACUCACACUGUACACCGAUUCUGUGAAUCCAAACAUGUACUUUGAAGCAAGCUCCAUUCAAGUUUGGAAGGGCUUAACAUCCAAGAAUUAGCACAAAAUUAACAACUCAUUGGUAGAUCCUUAUAGUUUGGACAGAGGUAUUUCAGGCAAGGAAAUGAGUGAGAUAUUGCUUUCUGAAGAGAUGUGUGUACAUAUCAGAGUACUGUGGCUCUUUGGACUUGGGUGUUGCAUGCAUUUGGAGUUGCGCUUAGUUUCAGUUGACUGUAGGAUUCCGAGUGAUUCAGCACUUAGACAGAAAUGCAUACACUCAUGUCCCAAACAGUCUUUUUGAUUCAUCUCUACUCAGUGAAUCUGUAAACCACUCAAUUUAGUAGCAUAUAUGAACAAAAGCCCAAUGUCUAUUUCAGGGAUUCGAAGUAAUAUAACAUUUUUCCCCAGAAUUUUAAUUUUGUUUGUUUUUAACAAAGGUAUCUAUGACCAGCUAAACUGCCUUUUUUGUAUGCACACACGCCUCAUGAGCAUAUGUGCCUCAGUGUAAAAUGUAUACAUGAAUCUAGUGUGCAUUUAAUUUUUCUGUGCUACAAUGCAAGUGUUUACUUUGAUUGGUCUAGUUUAUAUCUUGACUGGACAUGAAAGCAUUAGCAGGCUUGACUCAUGCAAUUCUAUUAUCUAUUCCCAAUCUGAGGGUGCAUCUUGGAGGUCAUUCAACUUUCAUAUGCUGUGGUCGCUAUUCUGCAUUAAGUGGGGCUUGCUGUCCUUUUGUGGGAGGGGGGGAUUGAUUUGGCCCUCAGACCUUAGUUUAGACAGGGGAGAUGUCUGCUCUUAGAAACUGUGUUUAUUUUUAAAAAAGAACACUUUGACAAAAGCUGCAGUAUGUGCCGAUAAAAAACAGAACACCAAAUUUGCUAUUAAAUCGUUGUACUUGUUUUUAAAAAGACAUUUGCUAUACUUGUCUAAUGCAAACAAAAAUGAGUUUACUCAUGACAGAGACUAAAAGUUAAUUUACUAAAUAAGAAAUUUGUUGCAUAUUUUAUUUAAAUUAAAUUAAAGAAUCUCUUAAUUAUCUAUUUAUUAAUUUGGUUUUCUAUGGCUUCAUGUUAAUUUAUCAGUGUUUGGAUUAUUUGCUCAGGAUGUAUCUUUGCAUUUAUUUGCCUCCUUUGUACUUGAUGUUUUGUAAUGUGCACUGUGAUUCCUUCCCACCCCCUUUUAUUUUUCUUUCCUUUCUUGGAUUAAUUUGCAUUGACAAGCUGUCCUGUAAAUUAGACCUUUUGUAAAAAGCGAUGAUGUAUGCAUUUUUUUUAAUUUUGGAGUAGUUUGUAUACUGUUCCUUCAUACAAUUAAUAUUUCUUACAUCAAAGCAACAAAAAUUGUGUUCUGUGCUGUACAUUUGGUGUAUGGUAGGAAAUAAAAUUGUUACUGAACAGGU